AUGUUCAUAGUAGCAUUAUUGAUUGCUGGAGUUAGCGCGGAAUGGGUUGAGAUAUCGCAGAACAAUUACAGACAGGAACCACCAAGAUUUAAAGAAAACGUUGAUCUUGUCUCAAAAGACUUAACCUAUGUAAAUCAAUCUCUUAACCAGUGGAAAAGAGGAUCCAUCAAUAAAAUAUCACAUAUCGGUAAUGUAAGAAGAGUACCGUACGCCAGCGUCAAGACACCAUCUGUGAAGCCUAAUUUUGAGGGUUUGGAGAGUCGGCCUGUUGCGUGGAAAGGUUCUCGAACCAAAAUCACGCCACAUUCUCUUGAAGAUAGUGAACGUAACGAACAUAGAGUUCAUUUAAAGGGUGAUAAUCAAAAUAGUAUAAAAAUUAAAAGUAACCCUUAUAUCAGCCGUCCUGUCGAAUCUCAAGUUAAAAUCAGUGCACACCAAACAAACGAUCUGAGAUCGCCAGAUAGAGUUGACAUACAUGCUGAAACUGGAGGCUUUCAAAGGGUUUCUAUUGAGGAAGUAUUCCAAAGUUCAUCAAAUAGAAAUGACAUUUUGUCUUCUGAAGAUCCCAGUGUUAAGAUGACUAAAGACGAUAAAAAACUGAAACCCUUAACAGAUAAACCUGUUACAGAAGAUUGGAUAAAUACAUCAGUGAGUGAAGAUAAUAAAAUGGAGAGAGUAUGGGAAGCUGUUAAGCUUGUUGCUGAUACAAUAUCGAAAAAGACCCAUCGAGGUUUCAAAAGCAAAGUUCGUUAUCUUGAAGAUUUAAAAGACACAAUAACUGCUAGCAUUGAAGGGCAUAUUGAUCGCCUUUGGCCAGACGAUGAAGACUCUGGGCGAUCUCGUCGUUCCACGGAAUCCCGGGGCCAUGUCGAGGUCCCGUCCUCUGAGGGGGCCCUCAUGACCAUCUCUUUUCUGACCUUUGCCGUGUUUCUCAUCAAAUUAGUUUUGCAAGUAAUCCACGCCUAUAAGCAGAAAGGAAUGAUGGUAACUCCAGCAGUUCUGGCCGCUGUCGGGCGCACUUCGGGAUCAUUUAUGAAAAAUCUAAGCUAA